AAGACGGAAACGGUCCAUCCAAAUUUGCGCGGGUGCACGCUGUUAUUGUCGCUGUCAUUUUCUCCAGGCUGGAAAGAAAAGGAAAAAAAAAACCAUAAACGAAAAGCUUCCAGGUCACUUCGCUUCGCUUGGAUAAGCCGGAAUAAUGUCCAAGCGAGAGGCUUUUUUAGAGGCAGCCUGCAGGGAGAAGGUGGAGGACUUUCUUCGCUUUAUUGCUCUCCAUAAGAACAAAGCUGAGCCCUUCGAUGUUAAGGAGGUGGUGGAGGAGAUGCCCAGAGAGCAGCGGGAGGCUCUCUGGGGGCGGCUGGAGUCGCUCCUGCGGGAGAUUUUGCUAGAGUUGCCUCCAGACCGCUGGGAGGAGGAGGCGAUGCAGCAGGAGGCGGCUCCAGAUCCUAAACAUGUCAGGGCGGUGGUGGACGGUGUGGCCUUGGUGGCUGCUGUGUCCCUGAAGGUUUUACAGGACGGGAACAGCUACAGCGCACUUUUAGAUAUCGGCCACAGACUUCACGAUGUUUUGGUGUCGCUCCCUGAGUCAGAGGCGUCGCUGCAGCUCCACUUGCAGGAGCUGUUUGAAGCCUGGUGGAAGAUGGGACUGCUGGGGAGGGAAAAGUUUGGUCGCACCGCUUUCCUCAUCUCUCUCCAGAAGAGCUUCAUCCUGAAGAAACCGGGUGCUGAGAUCCAGAGAUUGUGGAGUCUCCACAAUGUUCUCACGGUUCUGGAUUACACGUCAGAAGACAACAAGCAGAUAAUCGACUUACUGCUUCAGUGCUUUCACCGUCCUUCUCACAUCAGGAGCGACGAUGGAAAGCGAUUCCUGGUCUUCCUUUUCAGCUGGAACGUUGAUUUUAUCAGGGUCAUCCAUGGCAGCAUUAAAAACCAGCUGGAGUUUUAUCCCAGGACCAUGACUACUCAUAUUGCGGAGAUCUACUUCCGAGCCUGGAAAAAGGCUAGCGGGGACUUCUUGGAGACCAUCGAGAGCUCAUGCAUUCAGGAUUUCAUGCAAAAUGCCAUUUUCCUUCUAAGAACAUCGCCUGUUCACUGCAAAGUUAGACAGAUCGUGAGUUAUUUCCACUCUCGGAAAGGAUGUCAUCGCGUGGACAAGAUGCUGUAUAACCUCUACAGGCCCAUCCUCUGGAAAUCGCUCAGUGUUCCUAACUUUGAGGUGCGUGCAAACGCCACUCUGCUGUUCACCGAGGCCUUCCCAGUCCAUGACCCAGAUCUGAGCAACACCAAUGUGGAGAGGGACAUUACGAAGCAGCUGGAAACAGCCAUGGGGCUCCUUGACGACCCUCACCCCACCGUGCGCUCCAACGCCACCUUGGGCGUGUGCAAGAUCCUGGCAAAGUGCUGGGAGCUCCUCCCCCCGGCGGUCAUCACAGAUCUUCUGAAGAAGCUGGUGGUGGAGCUGGCCGCUGACAGCAGCUCUUCUGACGUCCGCUGCGCUGUCUUUAAGUCCCUGACUAUUGUCCUGGACAACCCUCUGAGCCACCCACUGCUGGAAAAACUUCUGCCAACGCUCAAGUACAGCCUCCACGACACGUCAGAGAGGGUCCGCACGGCUUUCCUCGACCUGCUCAUCAAGGUUAAAGCAGUCCGGGCUGCCAAGUUCUGGGAUGUCUGCAGCAUGGACCACCUGCUGGCGCGCCUCGCCAUCGACUCGCAUUCGGCGUCCAAACGCAUCGUUGGCCUGCUCUUCAAGUCCUUCUUCCCUGUCAACGAGCCGGAGAGGGAGUGGUGCUGCCGGUGCAUCAUCCUCAUCCAGAUGAACCCCAUGGCCGCCAGGAAGUUCUACCAGUUUGCUCACGAACACACGGCUGCCACUAACAUCAUAAAGCUGAUGCUGGCGAUUCGCCGCUCUCUGAACAGCUGCAUCCAGGUUAACCAUGACUUGACGGAUAUUAACGACAGCAACAAGGAAAACAGCACACUGGAAGGGCCCGUGUUGCCGGAAAUGGCUGUUGUGUCCAGCUUGCUGGAAGUCGUGGUCAUCCUGUGGAGAAGUGUCGAGAAGGCGCUGAAACAAAACCAAGAGGCGCACAAGUACACCGUUACCAAGUUUGGGAACGUUAUGGCCAAGUAUUUCCAGGCUUUUGAGGACCAGCGCUCCACAGUACCUCUCAUACAGCUGGCCUCGUUUAUGCCCCCCACUGCAGUUCCAACCUUUAGCCGUGGAGUCCUGUCCAGACUGAGGCGGAUGGACCCCGAAGCUCCUCCAGCACAGUUCAGCCAGCUGCUGGACUGCAUCUGCAGCUGGGGCCAGGAGGCGGACAUCCUGGAGCUGGUCUCUGAUUGGCUCGGCAAGUCCACGCCCAAGCAAGGGGACAAGGCCGCUAAAAGCAGAGCGGUGCGAAUCCAGGAGCCGGUGGAGGCCAAACCGGACCUGGCGCUGGCGUAUCUGGAGUACCUUUUCAGCCACUCCUUCACACGGGAGAAAGUCCUGGCUCUCGAUGGGGGGCGUCUGAAGCAGCUUCUUACACUUUUAGGGAACUGGAAGGCGGUGCUCUACGACCACCUCCGCUCCUCCACGGAGGACCCAAACGGUCCCGAAGUGGAGACGGCGCUGAAAGCCUUUGAGUACCACGGUCGUCUCAGCGCACAUCUCCAACACAACUCGACAGAAGGCCGGGACUACCUGCUCUCCCUGGAGCGUGUGGCAGAGUGGGUCGGAGACAAGGUUCUGCCCUUCCUCGCGAAACGCAGGAGCGACGAAGACGGCGGCUGCGAGCGUUCAGAGAAGUCUCAGCAGCUCGCCAGACGGAUAACGGAGGGCUUCCUGACUGUCUGCCGUGACGUCGUUCUGGUGGGUUUGGGGGACGAGACGUUCAAAAGCCAGAUCCUCUACCUGUGCUCCCUCAUCCUCAUCUCAGAGGCCGGCUACAUGUGCAUCCCAGCCGUUCUGGCGCUUUUGAAGGAGGUGGCAAACAGCUCCGUGCCCGACGAUGACAUCCAGGAUCAAGAGAGUCACGAAGACUCCUCCACGGUCAUUUUGGGAGGGGUGGCCAACAUUUUCCAGAAGAUCAUAGAGUUGUUGGCAAGUCGGCUGAGGAAGGAACCAGAAGAGGGACAACUACUGUGCCAGUCAGCCGUUCCCGGUCUGAGCGACUUCCUCCAGGUGGUGCAAACCUGGGACGCGGCUCUCCUUAGCGGGGUGUACUCCACCGUCUUUGCCGUCCUCAUCGUGGAGAAGAGACAUUUGCUUCAGAAGCUUACUCAGACUGAAGAGGUGUUCAUCCCUCAGUCAGUCGAUGAAAUGCCUCCCUUGUCCAGCGUACUGCUGUCCGUCAUCCUCAAAUCUCCCUCUGUCACAAGGUCAUUUCUGGCAGAGGUCUCCUCGUCGCUGGCCUCAGGCGACCUCAGCAGUCUCACCGAGCUGGCAGCCGUUCUGCACGUCUUGGCGGUCAUCAAACAAACGGGGAAGUGCAUAGGCGGCACAAAGAGCGCUGCUGUGUCUGUCCAGAAGCAUCUCGAGAAACACGCAGUCUCUGCUCUGGGCAGCAAUGAAGUCCAGAGGGUUAUAUAUGAAUCUUCAGUGAAGACUUUGAACGAGCUUCUCCAUCUCUGAUCGUCCAUAAAAGAAAAACGAUGUGUGGUUGCCAUGUUUUAUUUUAAUGUUGUUCACAUUUAUACUGCAUCACCAUGUUGAGAAUUAAAUGAAAUACUUAUUCUGUUUCUACAGUUAAAAUAUUCCCAAUUGAUGCUUAAAAUUUAGAAAUGUCUAUUUUUUUUCCCCUCCUACGCUUUCCAUAACUUUCAUUUAUAUUUUCAUAUUUAAACUUUUUUGGAGUGUCUGUAAUUCUCUUUAUACAUGUUGGUGUGUCUACCUGCUUUAAUCCGCAAUAAACAAUAAAUUUAUACUGGAUGUUUA